AUGCUGGUAGUCGGAGACUGCUCGGGCGAGGCCUGCGCCGUCCCGGCAGGCUCUCUGCCAUACGGAGCAGCGCCGGCAGGUAACGCCGUUGUGCUUGCGGCCGUCGUCGCCCUGCUCCUGCCUGUCUCAUACGCCGGGCUCCGCUACAAAACCCAUCUCCACUCGGCUCUCCUCGUUGCCGCCCUCCUUGUCGAGGUGGGUGGCCAUGUCGGGAGGAUCUUCUUGACGGCGGAUCCGGCCAGUCAUGCGAGUUCGGCCGUCUACCUCAUGGGCACGCACUGGGGCGCCGUUCUGGUCGGAUCUGCCGCCAACCUCGUUCUUCCCCAUGUGAUGGUCCUCUACGGCGAAGAGUUCCAGCUCGUGUCAGACCCCGUCUAUCUGAGCUUCUUCUUCUUCGUGCUCGACAUCUUCAUGCUGGCGUUCCAGUCAGUUGGCAUCGGUUUCGCCUCCACAGCCAACACCGCCACCGAGGUUGCUCAGGGUGUGGGCAUCCUGCUGGCGGGUCUUGCCAUCCAAGCCAUCAGCCUCCUUACUUUCCUGGGAACAUAUCGCUACUUCCGAUACAGGCUCGCCCAUCGCCGAUACAUCCUCGACGAGAGAUUCUCGCUCGUCUAUACAUCCAGGCGGUUCAAGAACUUCAUGAUCUGCGUCCAAGUGGCUGCGUGGCUUCUCAUGGUCCGAACAGCUGUGCGGAUCGCCAUCUUUGCCAGCGGUUUGACCAGCGCCUUUGCCCGUUCGCAGGUCGCCGCCUUUCUGCUCGACGACGCCCUCGUCCUCGUCGCCCUCCUUAUCUUUACCGUCUGUCCCGCGGGAAGAGCGUUCGGCGUCGCCGCCUGGGCAGCGACAUCUCCCAUCGCCUCCUCCUCCUCCUCCGACCGGCCCGACGACCUCCCCCUGCGACGCCGCCGGCAUCGCCGGAACCGGAGUUACCCGAUCAACAAGCGCAUCAUCUCGCUGCCGUAUCCGUCUCCUUCUUCUACAUCGCCCCGCUUCAGCCCGGGGUCGGCUUCCAGGGCGGCGGGAAUGACGCCGGGCCUCCCGGCGCAUCCUUCACCCCAGGGUGUACCGCCGCCACCGGUCCCGCCGCUCAUGUCCCCGAGGAAUUAUCCUGUGCAUCAGCGAGUUCCGCACGACGCGUCACCGACGCAUGCUGUGCCCUUCCUCGCUGCGCAAGACAGUCCUGGUCUGGAUUCGACGAUGUGGGCUACAGCGCCUGUCGAGCAUGGGCGGAAGAGGAAGAUGUGGGGCGGUUCCGGACCGGAAGGGAAUCAGCUGGUGGACAGCGAUGCCUUGUGGUGA